CAGUUUUUAAUGCAUUACCCAUUUACAUGUAUACGAAGUUAGUGUUGUUAUAGUUUAAGUAGGUUCAUUCAAAGAUGGAAUUAUAGUUGUGCAUAAUAUAAGGCAACAACAAUGAUAAUGAUUUAACUAUAUAUAAGAAAUAUGAAAUGGGCAUUUAUUCGGAUGUGUACAGUAGAUAUUACACAAUGACUAUAACAAUCUUUUAACUGUCUGUGUGAUUGAAUGCACAAACAUGUUUCGUCAGGAUUUAUUACUUCAUUUUAUCAACUGCAAUUCAGAUAAACUAACUCUGUGCAUAGUGUAUGGUCAUACAUUCAGUUUACGGCGUUGAAAAUCAAAAUGGCUACUCCAUUUUUAAACGGAAAAAUAAGUAUUGUAACUGGAGCUUCUCGGGGCAUUGGUAAGGGAAUUGCUGUUCAACUGGCUACAGCAGGGUCCAAGGUAUACAUUACCGGAAGAACAUUGCAUCUGCAAGAAGAUGGCCGGGGCUCUUUAGCGGAGACAGCACGUGAAAUACAUUCUCAAGGUGGCGUGUGCGUUCCAAUUCAAUGCGAUCACUCUAAAGACUCGGAUACUGAACAGUUGUUUGCGCGUGUGAAGGAGGAAAAUGGUGGACAGCUGGACAUUCUUGUAAACAAUGCAUUUUCCGGAAAUGAUAUUAUGAUUAAGGAACGUGUAAAGUCUUUUUGGGACCACCCAUUGAGCAUGUGGGAUGAUAUCAAUAACGUUGGGCUAAGAAAUGUGUAUCUAUGUAGUAUUUACGGUUCAAGAUUGAUGGUUCCCAGGAAAAGCGGUAUAAUAAUAAAUAUUUCUUCUGCUGGAGGUUCUAUGUGCAUGUUUAACCCAGCAUAUGGGAUAGGCAAAGCUGGUGUUGAUCGCAUGGCUGCUGACUGUGCUUUAGAACUGAAGAAACAUAAUGUUGCUUUUGUGAGUUUGUUGCCGGGGCCUGUGAGCUCAGAAACAGUUUUUACCUUGAUAAAGGCAGCAAAGGAUCGUGGAGAAAACGUUCAGGACUACAAAAGUGUUGUUGAAAAGGCUGAGACUCCUGACUUUGUUGGGAAGUGUGUGGUUUCCCUGACAAGCGAUCCAUCUAUCAUGGAAAAGACAGGAAAAGCACUUCCAACUUUUGAACUUGCCAAGGAGUAUGGAAUUAAAGACGAACAAGGUCACGGACCAGUAACCGAUAGCAAAGAAGUACUUUUGAAUUUUGUUCAAGGACAUAUCAUCUAAUACAGACUGUUUAAUGUGACCCUGUAUUACUCGUUCUGUCAAUAAACAAAUUGAUUAACAGCAGAGUGGUAUCGAAAAUGCCUUACAUAUGCGACAGAGCCUUCGAACGAGGGUAACGUUUGCAAGAUUUGAAUUGAAUUCUUUAAAAUCAUUCUUAAGAUUAA